AUGAAUUUGCUUUAUUCUUUGGAACGUUGGAAGGGGAGAGUUGAUGGAGAAAUGCCACUUAAUGUUGUUUGCAUUGACCUUACGGAGGCAUUCGAUGGUGUCCCACAUCCCAUACUCCUACACAAUCUCAGCAGGACUGGUGUUAGGGGAAAUUUCCUCAAAUGUAUUCGAAGUUUCCUAUUUGGCCGUUCUCUUACUGACCAUCUCGGUGACCAGCGGUCAGCGGAGGUUGCGGUUGAAUGUUGUGUUCCUCGUGGCUCCGUCCUUGGUCCUACAAGUUUCAUUGUGUACGUUAACGACUGCAUCCAUAAAAUGGAUCUUGAUAUCGCUAUUUUCGCCGAUGAUAAUAAGCUCUGA